GCCACCAUGGUGCAGAAAUCCCGCAACGGAGGCGUCUACCCGGGCCCCGCCGCUGAGAAGAAGCUCAAGGUGGGCUUCGUGGGGCUGGACCCCGGCGCCCCGGACUCCAGCCGGGACGGAGCGCUGCUCAUCGCCGGCUCCGAGAGCACCAAGCGGGGCAGCAUCCUCAGCAAGCCCCGCUCCGGGGUCUCGGGCAGCGGCAAGCCCCCCAAAAGGAAUGCUUUUUACCGCAAGCUGCAGAAUUUCCUCUACAAUGUGCUGGAGAGACCGAGGGGCUGGGCUUUCAUUUACCACGCAUACGUUUUUCUACUAGUUUUCUCCUGUCUGGUGCUGUCUGUCUUUUCGACCAUUGAUGAGUACCAGAACAGCUCGGAAGGGGCCCUUUACAUCCUGGAAAUUGUCACCAUCGUGGUGUUUGGGGUGGAAUACUUUGUGAGGAUCUGGGCGGCUGGCUGCUGCUGCCGAUACCGGGGCUGGAGGGGAAGGUUAAAAUUCGCCCGGAAACCUUUCUGUGUUAUCGACAUCAUGGUGCUGAUUGCGUCCAUUGCCGUGCUGGCAGCAGGGUCUCAAGGGAAUGUCUUUGCCACCUCGGCACUCAGGAGCUUGAGGUUCCUGCAGAUCCUGCGCAUGAUCCGCAUGGACCGGCGGGGCGGCACCUGGAAGCUCCUGGGCUCUGUGGUCUACGCACACAGUAAGGAGCUGAUUACUGCCUGGUAUAUUGGCUUCCUGUGCCUCAUCCUGGCCUCUUUCCUGGUAUACUUGGCCGAGAAAGGAGAAAAUGAGCACUUUGAUACAUAUGCAGAUGCACUCUGGUGGGGUCUGAUCACCCUCACCACCAUCGGCUACGGGGACAAGUACCCGCAGACCUGGAAUGGGCGGCUGCUGGCGGCGACGUUCACGCUCAUCGGCGUCUCCUUCUUCGCCCUUCCUGCCGGCAUCUUGGGUUCAGGGUUUGCUCUGAAGGUCCAAGAGCAGCAUCGACAAAAACACUUUGAGAAGAGACGAAACCCAGCAGCGGGCCUGAUUCAGGCGGCUUGGAGAUUCUAUGCCACCAACCUGUCCCGGACAGACCUGCACUCCACCUGGCAGUACUACGAACGCACUGUCACCGUCCCCAUGUACAGCACGCAAACACAAACGUAUGGUGCCUCCAGACUAAUCCCUCCGCUGAACCAGCUGGAGCUCCUGAGGAACCUGAAGAGCAAAUCGGGACUGACAUUCAGGAAAGAGCAGCAGCCCGAACCAUCGCCAAGUCAGAAGGUCAGUUUGAAAGAUCGUGUCUUCUCCAGUCCCCGCGGUGCUGGCACCAAAGGGAAAGGCUCUCCACAGGCUCAGGGCAUCAGGAGGUCCCCCAGUGCUGACCAAAGCAUCGAGGACAGCCCGAGCAAAGUGCCCAAGAGCUGGAGUUUUGGAGACCGCAGCCGAGCCCGGCAAGCUUUCCGCAUCAAGGGAGCGGCAUCACGGCAAAACUCAGAAGAAGCAAGCCUCCCCGGAGAAGACAUUCCCGAUGAGAACAAAAGCUGCAACUGCGAGUUUGUCACAGAAGAUUUGACGCCAGGAUUGAAAGUCAGCAUCAGGGCAGUGUGCAUUAUGAGGUUUCUCGUCUCCAAGCGCAAGUUUAAGGAGAGCCUUCGGCCCUAUGAUGUGAUGGAUGUCAUCGAGCAGUAUUCAGCCGGCCACCUGGACAUGCUCUCCCGGAUUAAAAACCUUCAGGCCAGGAUAGAUAUGAUUGUGGGUCCCCCACCCCCUUCAACUCCCCGGCAUAAGAAGUAUCCAACCAAAGGACCCAUGUAUUCUUCCAAAGAAUCUCCCCAAUACUCGCCUAGAGUUGACCAGAUCGUUGGGAGAGGAUCCUCUAUGACCGACAAGGAUCGGACCAAAGGGCCAGCAGAGGGAGAGCUGCCUGAAGACCCCAGCAUGAUGGGCAGGCUUGGGAAAGUUGAAAAGCAGGUUCAGUCGAUGGAGAAGAAGCUGGACUUCCUGGUGAACAUUUACAUGCAGCGGAUGGGCAUCCCACCGACAGAGACAGAGGCUUAUUUUGGGUCCAAAGAACCAGACCCAGCACCUCCCUACCACAGUCCUGAAGACAGCAGGGAGCACAUUGACAAGAACGGCUGCAUCAUCAAGAUCAUCAGGUCCACCAGCUCCAUGGGUCAGAAGAACUUCUCUGCUCCGCCAGCCCCAACCAACACAUGCCCGCCCUCAACGUCGUGCCAGCAGCAGGUCUACCAGCGGCAAAGCCAUGGCUCCUCGCCCGUUGGAGACCCUGGCUCGCUGGUCCGCAUCCCACCUCCGCCCUCCCACGAGCGCUCCUUGUCAGCGUACAGCAGCGGGCACAGGGCGAGCGCAGAGUACCUGAGGAACGAAGACAUUACAACCAAACACCACGAGAGUGCCAUGAGAGACAGCGACACGUCCAUCUCCAUCCCCUCGGUAGACCAUGAGGAACUGGAGCGCUCUUUCAGUGGCUUUAGCAUCUCCCAGUCCAAAGAGAAUUUGGACAUCCUUAACAACGGUUGCUAUGCAGCCGUGGCCAAAAUCAGACCCUACAUUGCAGAAGGGGAAUCAGACACCGAUUCUGACCUCUGCACGCCCUGCGGUCCUCCUCCCAGGUCGGCCACGGGCGAGGGACCCUUCAGUGACAUGGGCUGGUCAGCCCCCAGGCAGUGAUGCCUUCUUGCAGCCACCAAGCCACGUCCGAGCGCUGGCAGCUGCCUGCUCCAGCUGUCCAUGCAUCGAACUUCUCACGGAGAUUGACAGCUAAGGUUUUCCUCCUUCUGGGACAUCCUUAGCUGGCAGAUACUUUCUUGCCGCUUACUCUGGGGGGUGGGGAACAAGCAGGUCCGAACCUGCAUUUGUGGAAGAGGUCACAGUGCUGAGCGAACUGGAGCCAUGAAGUCCAGGUUUCUUUCAUACUCUCUUUCUAAGAUCAUUAGGUGAAAUUAUUUCGUGGUGCAGGGUAGGCAAUUUGCAUUUCUUGGGAAUCUUCAGAAGUGCAAGGUAGGAGUAAAUCACCCAGCCAGGGCUCUUGGAGAUCACAGUAACUGGUGGCUGACAAGUGUUAAGCAGGAUUCGCCACAUUCUGGCACUGGUGAUUACACCUUUAGGUAUUUUGGAGUUGCAGAAUGAACACGUGUCUGUCUCUGGCUUAGAUUUCAGGUCACGUGUAAUUAUGGGAGGGAGGCUGUUCCUCAUUAACUGUCAGGAAGGUGGCAUAAUUCCAAUAUAAUACAUGGAAACAUUGCCUAGGCCCCUGGAGGGAAGGGAUGGUGGUUGGAAUAUUUGCAUGAAAAGAAGGCAUGGCCUCAGUGUGGGACAGGUUAGGAUACUGCUUUGAACCAGAAUGGUUUGGAAAUCAGCCCAUCUUGGGAAACUGGGAAACUCAGAAACAGGAGCUUGAGUGCAAGAAGAUAGACAACCCAGAGGGCACAUAAAUGAGACAGAGAAGGAGGACAAGAGGCUAUGGGGCUGGAAUUUUAUUUUUUAAACCAUGUAUUAUAUUUAAGUAUCUCUCCUCCCAUUGACGAUGGACCUGGAGGUGCUUUGGAAGCAAAGGCAAACCAAAGGCAACCCCUCUGGAGGGCUGCCAUGGUGUGAAGCCGUUCUUGUGGCCAGCAGUGCUGUUGUGGAGGCACAGCCACCAGGCAAAGGGAGAGGGUGGAUAUGCAAGAUGCUGUGGUCCCUGUGCAGCUGUGAGUUAAGUGCUGAGCUCCAUCCUUUUCAAGCUCUGUUGGUCAGAGUGGGCAAUUUUCUUACAGUUUGCAUUGUGCCUGAACACUUUCGCACACACCAUGCCCCGUGAAAAAUCUUCCUUUUCUUCUUCUGCCCUGCCAAGAAUCUCACACCCAUGUUCUCGGGACGUCCUGUGGUUUUGUUUGGAUCCCUCAAGCUGAGUUAAGAGGUGCUUCUUCAUUUCUUCAUGGUCUUUCAGACGCCUCUUAGCUGUGCUUGCCCGCAAGUUGUGCCAAUCCCAGUCUGCCCCAUUUUGUUGUUGUUAAAGUACUUUCUCUUGGAAAGAUCAUUGUGUCAUUACUGGGAACCGCACAGUGCAUUCAGUGGGGGGAAGGCAAGGGGAAAAGACAUGCUCAAAGUUUCUUUUGGGACCAAAACAAAGUCACAAAGUGAUCCUUGGAUAGGUUGGUGGAUUUUUUUUGCAAGGGGGUGGACCAGGAAAGGUUGUGUUUGGGAUCCAUCUCCCGGGCUGGGACACCAUGGCCGGCAUUGUGCCUCUGAACCCUCCCACCCAUCUACAGCCCAAAUCCCGUGUGUGUUUUCUGCUGGGGCUGUGCCUGUGAUUGUAAACCCCAUCUCUCCACAUUUUCCCUGUGUCAUAUCAAGAGCCUGCUAAGGAUAUUUAGGUGACAACUUCAUUUCUGUGUGGCCUUUGAGAGGCUGGACAUUGGCUUGCUUGGGGUGAAGGGAGAAUCACAGCCUUUUUCUCUCCUCCUGUUUGCCUGACCAGAGGCAGCAAGCAGUGGAGGCCCAGGACUAUGUUGGCCUUGGGGAAGAUGUGGGUGCAGUCUGACAGCUUGCAGACAGGCAAUAAAACCAUCCUUUUGCUAGUGCUCAGGACCAACACGCUCAUCUUCUCAUGGGAUUGGGAGUGGAGAAAGGCUCUGCAAAUUUUUUCCUGCCAUUUUUCACCAUUCAGGAAGAGAAAACAUUUUUCUUACAGGGAACUUAGGCUUCCAGCCGUGCUAGUUCCUUUCUUUCCCAUUUGAUCCAUUUUUUUGUUACCUCCUGCAAUGUUUCCCUCUCUGUUUGUGCUCACAAACGAAUGCCUUUUGGCUCCACAUUUCUUUGUGCAAAGUGAACCUAGCGAUGCCCUUACACCUUGAAUGCAAAAUGGCUGCAGAUUGUGCAAUUUUGCCCAGGCGUGCUGCAGAAUGAGAAGUUUUCUGGUAGGUUAAGAAAUGUCAGCAGCUCCCAGCUCAGGCUUGGUGGCAAGUGUUUUCUCGUGACCACAGGAAUGGAAAUUACAUUGGGUGAGGCAAAAGUCAACAUUGUUCCAGACAGCUGCUCAUUGCAAGUUUUGUCCAAGUCAGAGAUAACAAAGAUUUAUUACCCUAUUUGUUUGCAAUUAUUUUUCGAGGCCUGCUGGAAAUUUGGCACAGAAAUAAAGUCAGGAAAUCCAGAUGAGGAUGAGGAUGAUGUCAUGUGGUCCUAUUGCAGCACAGGUGCAUGACUCAUCUUUAAGACAGUAGGCAAAGUCAACAGAACUUCAUGGCACAAUUUUUGCAGCAUGUAAUUUCCAUAAUUUCCUAAUUUUGAAACCCUAUUGGCUCUAUUUUGAACAUCCAUUUCCUAGUUCUUCAUGCAAAAUCCCUUUCUCCUGCCCAGCUGAUGUUACACCCUUGAAAGGAGAUGGUGCCAGUGUGUCCCGAGGUGGUGCAGCUCCACUGUGUCCACUGGGAUGUCUGCAGGGGAAAGCUAGUGGUCUUCCACCUCCUUUAGGGCCUACACGAGAAGGAUUGUGGUUUCCCUCUUCAAGUUACUGUAUCAGCUUGUAAAGCUGACUGGUAGCUUUAAAAGGUUUUGGGCUUGUCCCACAGUCAUUGAUUACAGAAAACUGGGUUUAUGUACAUCCAGCACAGAUUGUGUCUUGCUGCUGCAAAUUUCUCAUAGAAUUUUCUUGGGAAGGUGUAAGAAAUAUUCCGCCUUUAUCUGUGGCAUCAUUUGAAAGAAAUUCUGACACAUGCCUCCAUCCACAACCAUGCUAUAAAUCAUCACGUCUCAUUCAUCUAUUCAAGAAAACCUGGAUUUUGUCGGUAACUUGCACCAGAAUUAACUCGGAGUAAUGCUUCUUAUUUCCAUAAAAAUGAUUUAUGCCUGUGUAAAUGAUAACAGAGCCUUCUUGUUGCUUGUUGACAUAAAUAAUUUCAUUCCUGUCCUAAAUCAUAGUCCGAUACUCCCUGCAAGGUCUUCACUUUCAAACACACAGUUCCCCCAUGAUUUUAUCACACACUCCUGGUGGUAAUCUCCCACAAGACAUCUAAACCACUAGAUUAAAAGAAAAUAAAUUGAGUUUGAUUUGCUGAUAAGGCAGUCCCAACGAUAAAGACCUUUAGAAGGGGGAACAGGCAAACUUUGUCCCUCUGCUGAGCCUCUCUUGGGCUGGUCCUUCCUCCCCUGUUCCUCCCAAGUCUGGUCCUAUGUUUUUUGGAGGACAGAAACAAGUUUUAGAAAAUGCCAAGUGUGGACAGAUGAGACCAAGAAGAGCUGAAGAAGAGGAAAGCCAAAUUUCCAGCAGGCCAUCCCAAACCGCUCUGGAGAUGCCCGUGCCCACGCGUGGUUGUGUGCACAGAGCCUGGUUUCGAGGCACAUCUGUGCUGGAUGUGAAGCCGUGGCCUUGACCCAGAGCCUGGGAUCUGGUCUCCAAGAAACUUUAGGAAUUUACCUUUCCCCUCCCCCCCAAGAAUCUGGGUCUAGAUCAGGAGAGAAAUACUGCAAAAGGCCCUACCUGCAGGACAGAGCAGUCCCUGAGGCUGGGACCUGAAGCCACAGUCAGUUUUUGGGUGCUUCAUGUUCAAGCAUGCCAAUUGCCUGUGCAAUUGCCUGAGAGGUUCAUGUCUCAGAGCAGGAGACAUGGCUGGAGGAGGUGUUGCAACCUCUGUGCAGGUGGCCUUUCAUAAUGUGACCCCAAGACACAGGAACAGAGCACUAGCCAUGAGUCGAAUUUCCCAAUAUUUGGGAAGGGACUUUAAUGUUACUCAAGUGCAGAUUUUGUAUGUGAAUUUCCUUGUUGACUCAUUUUCUUAGUAAUAAUUUUUAAAACAAAAAUGUUAAGAAACUCGCUGAAAACAAACCUGUUGUCCAGCUCAGAAAGCCAUUAUAUUUCUUUAGACAGACUGUGAUAGACCAGAUUUUCUAAAAAUUUAUUUUGUUUCAAAUGCUGCUUAAUAGAUCCAAAUGAAGUCUGCAGGGUCAUUGCUAUUUAGAGAUAAAUAGGUAUAUUUUUUACAUUUUUAAUUGAUUUUUAAGAUUUUAAAUUAUGUGGAUUUUUAGAACAAGUUUGUAUAAUCUACCUGGGAAGCCAGAGCAUCACCUCAGAUACAAAUGUUCCCCAUUCCUAAAAGAAAAGAAAAAUACAUUCACUCAUAUUUUUCUCAAGAGGGAGCUACUGCAAACCUCAUUUCCCUUCUAUCCUCAGACCACCGUGGUCACAGCAACAUUAUUGCUAAACCCAAAAUGUAAGUAUUAAAAGAGAAACUGAAAUUCGUAAGGAAUUUGUCCAGGAGUUGUCCCAUAUAAAGACCCUUUGCAGUGAGUAAUUUAUCAGGAAUGUUUAAAAGCCCAGGAGCAGGCUAAGGAUUUCUGUUUCUCCAUCCACGCUCAUGUGAGCAUCUCCAUCCACCUCUGGCUGAGCAAGCCCUGAGCCUCCAUCCCUUUCAUCUCCGCAUGCCUGUGGUCCUCUGACCCAUGCCCACAUGCCCGCAUCCUCUCUCACCCGCUCUCCAUCAUGGGUCAGCAUCUUUUGUUUUCAUCAGCUUCCUUUUUGUAAACCAGAAACAAGGAAAUCAGAUACAAAAGCUCCUUCACCUGCAAGUAACAUUGAGACUGUGGUGCGGAGGGCUGUGGCACAGGGGUCAGCAGCCCCCUCCGAGCCCCGCCUGGGUCACUGCUGUUCAGCGGUGUAAAAGCAAACUCUUGCUCUCAGCACACAAACACCCCAACUUUUUCUGCAUCACAGAGCAAAAUCUGCUUAGAGCAUGGGUGUGGGUUCGUUGUUUUUUUAACAAUAACAAUAGGGUGGGGUUUUUUUUCUAAUAAUAAGGAUAAUAAUAAUGCAUAGGAAUCUUCUUUAGUAUAUCUUAGUGUUUGAUGCCCCAGUGACACAGUACUGCUUGCCUUAUAUUAGUGUCUAGAGGGAGAGGGAUUACACAUGUUUUGAUACAGUAUUAAUCACGCUUAUAAUUAAGGUAGCAGCAAGGAGCGGCUGCUGCAGGAGGAGCAGCCGGGUCCUUUUUAACUUAUGAAUGUGCUUUCCAGACUAUCUCACUGACUGUACUCUCAAUUUUGCCUGCUACUGCAUGCAGCCUGAGAUGAGUAGACAGCAUUAUGCUCCAGCUGUAUCUGCACUCCCAGAUUGCUGUAGUACCUGACGAUUUAACAUUGCCAAAAGCAUCAUUCUGGGGAGAGGCUGCCCUCCCAGUGACCCAUCACAUAGGGUGCUGCGGUGCUUCUGUAGGUAACACUGAUAUACCAAGUGUCUUUCAUGCUGUGACUGAUCGUUGCCCAUCCCUCGGAUACAGCAUGCACAAACUCCACUUCUACUGCUUGUAACUAAGGGGUGAAAAAACCACAUUUGUACCUGUGGUUUCUUGAAACAUAUACAUGGGGAGGAAAAAAAUACGAAUUGUGUUGGCUGUGUGUGACAACCUCCUUUCCUUCGAGAUGCCUCUGAAGAAGAGCAUCCCAGGUACCCCUUUUGGAGGGUUUGGAGGAGCAGGCAGAGCAAGGCAGGCAGUACCAAGGAUGGAGGCCUGGUCUUCAGUUAGGAGAUGCCAUUGGAACCCAGACUUGCCAUAUGUCUGUUUUAAUUCCUGUUGGGUUCUCUCGCCUGCAUCCAGUUCUGGUGUGCAUGUGCCUUUGUGCCUGCAGCCCAGCUUGAGGGGCAGGGGAGAAUGUGACUCACAAACUUUGGAAAUCCUUCUUUGGAAACUUCAUCCACCCUUGUCUACAGCCCUUGGGAGUCUUGGGGACCCUGCAGCUAUGCCGUAUCCAUUCCUUGUGGAAGCAUCUCUUGCUCUCCUUACAGAGAGGCACUGAGCGACCUUCAUAUCUCCACAAAUGAUUUGCCACCAUUCUCCCCACUGUAACACCAGACUGUCACGAGGCCUUCAGGGUUUGCCCAUCUUGCUGGUGUUUGCAGUCUUUUGUAUCUCCUCGCACUGCUGCCAUAAUCUGGUUUGACACUGGUCCCGUACCCUCACCUUCCUCAUCCAGACUAUAUGCAAGUGAAGAUGUAAUGCCAGAACUCUGCUCUGAGACUUGCUUUUGGCCUGGCAUCAUUAGCACCAGAGAGCCUUCGUGUUUUGUUAGCAUGACAGUUUUGCUUUUUCUUGGCAAUUUAUUUGCUUCCUCAUUGAGCCGCCGUGGCCUCAACACAUCCCUGGUUUGUUCUGCUGGAGCCUUUCAGCGCAGGGAUGGCGUCUCUUUGCCCCUCUGUACAGCACCCUGUAAGGGUUUGUCCCCUUGGCUUUAGCUGAUCGUGGUGAAAUCAAUGCCUUGAGGGCUCGGUUCAAGUUUUCUUGUCAAGCUGAACAACUUGGAGAAGAACUUACAGACUAACAAUGUUGAUGCUUUUUCUCCCUGAAGCAAGAGCUGCUUUCAAGACCCCAGUCCUCUUCAGCAGUCCACGCAUGUGGCUUUGCAUGCCAGGCUCCAUCAUGGGGAGAAGCAGAAAGCAGCGGGUCCAAGCUGUGCUAUUCCCAAAGCUGGCACUGAACCUGGAAGCAUCUUGCCCUUUCCUAAUUCCUGUAAAUAUUGCUGCAGAUGAAUUGUUCAAGCAGCAUCUGUUUGCCUAGUUCUGAGAAACUCGAGCUAACGGCAGAGCUUUCCAAAACUCAGUGCCAAGCUCAGGCUAGAUUUCACCUGCAGCUACGCCUAUAAUUUUAGGGCAGGAUUAAUGGUUUCAGGUAGAAGCCAUCCCAAAAUCUCCAGUUUGGAUGGUUCUGGCCCGAACCCAAGGCUGAAUGUCCUGCUGCAAGUGAAGCCUCCCCUGGAAUUUCAGCUCCAUUUGAUACUGAUGACUGUGGACCUGGGGAGAUGCUCUCUCCUUCCCACUCCACACAAGAGAAGGUCAGCACAAGCCUUCCAAGCCAAGACAAGAAAAUGCCUCCUUAUUUUAGCAUGCCAUGGGCACCUCCCAUUAAAAGUAGAAGCAGCAUUUCACAGUAAUCACUAAAACCUGACCAACACAGUGGCCAUGACCCAGUGUUUCAUGUAUGCAGUGAUGCUCAUGAAAGGGAUUUAUUGCAGCUUUGGAUAUAGAGGGCUCAGUCCUUGAGCAUCUCUGUAGAUACCAUGUUCAGCCUUGCUGAUGACCAGAGGGGAAGUCAUCAAAGCUGGUGCCAGGUAUUUUCUGCCCUGCCUGGUUAUUCACACUGGUCCACCAUCUUCCCUGGAGCUGAAGAUAUCCCAUGCUCCUGCCAGCAGGCAGAAUAAGGGCCCUUCUGUGUUGGCUACUAUUCCCCACCACCCAAACCCAAACACUGAAAUUUAAAGUUUCUUCACUUAAUCUCAAAAAAUUCACACACAGGGUAGAGAACCUGAGACUUUCAGGAACACUGAGGCAGAACAAAAUAUAGCUGAUAAACAACACAGAUCUUGUUAUUUUAAAUCAAGCCGAUUUUAAACAUAGUUGCAGUUCCUGCGUGGUAUAUCAAAUGCUUUAGGAGAUUCAAUAAAUUAUUCUUAUAAAUGGUUUAUUCUUUUAUCAGUAAUUCGUAUAGGUGGGUGCCACUGUUCUUCUACAGCAAUGCUCCACACACUAAACUAUAUUCCUGUUUCUCCAGUAUAGACAUUGUAUUUAUGAAAUUUAUCUUGCUUAGUGCCACUUUGGCACACUAUCCACGUAUUCUGCACACAGAUUGCACAUUACAUGCCAAAUGCUGAUAGGUAUCACUCCAUGUAAUAAGCGUAUGUGUGUUGAACAGAUACCAAACAAAGCGUUACCUGCCUAGUUUGUGAUGUGACUCAACAUAACUGGGAAAAGGGAAAAAUGAAGAUCCUGCUUCGUUAAGAAAUAUACUGCAUUCGAAUGCUUCUUUCAACAGAUUUGAUCAGGAAGCUAAAAUAAGUGAGAUCGCCUCUGCGAUGUUACUUUAAAAAUACCUGAACAAAACUAUCACACUCAGCCCAAAAAUACUUAAUAAUUACUGUAUUUCUAUAUAUUCUUCACUGCUAUUCAUCUGAACUGUAAAUUCUGUACAGGUUGAAUGAAGUUCACCAUUUAUCUUUGUCAUAACCUGCAAGAUAAAAGGACAACACAACUUUGGCUGCAAAAGUGUGUGCGUGUUGUUUGCAUACAUGCAUAUAUGUAUUGCUGUACGUGCAGGGGUAUACAAACACAUGCACACACAUGCUUUAAAACAGAUAAAGCUGCAUCUGAGAUGCACAGGAGGGAAAAGUUCCUUUUUUUGGAGGUGGGAGAGUGGUCAAAACAAACAAAAAAGGACUACUUCAACAAUGUGUUAUUUCUAUCCAAAAGGCAGAUUUGCAGAGGGAUCUGGUGUGUAACUGCCAUCCCGAGGAGAAAUCCCACUUCUGAAGGCAGCACAGCCCAUGCAGCAGGGUGAUGCAGUUGCUUUAAAUGAUAAUUUUGAAGAAACAAACAAAAGAAUAUAGCAGCCAGUGCCAAUUCCAAGUACAAACCACAAAGCCCAUUCCUAGGCUGUGUGGCCACAGAGUUGUCCUCCACCAUCGGAGAGCCAAGGGCAAAGGCUUUGCCUGCUGUGCUUGGGGACUCCGACGGCAGCGGCGCUGGCGCUGGGCUCCCCCAAACCCGGCAUCGCCCCAGUAUAGGCUACUGCCCGGGCAGAGGUUUCUGCUGUCCUGCGGGUCCUGCUCUUGCCUUUGCCUACGUAUUUAAAAAAGCCCCAGUUAAGAGACAUUUAGUAAAAAGAGUCAUCAAAAGCCCAUUUUUGAUCUUAGAGUUAUGAAAGAAAGGACAAAGUUGUAAUCAAUAAACCUCAUUUUAUCCAAGCAGGUCAGCCUGUAGACUCCAAUUGCCCCUAUACAGAGAUGUCACCAAUGUCAUCAAAUGAAUCAUCCUCUAGGAUUUAAUUUCGCCCAUAUUUUUACAGCUAGAAGAUGUAAUAUGGGAUAGAACUUAUCCUUCAGUGUUUAAUCUAAAUAAACAAAGGCAUGAAGAACUAACUUUUCCAGCUAAAUACUGCUGGAUGCCAUUGAAAAAGUAGUAAUCAGAUUUUUGCAUUGGCCCAAAAUUCAUCUCUAGGUCCAAAGUUAUCAGCUGUAAGAGCCACUUCAGUCCCAACUAUGUUUCUAAGCAAAAGGUACAUCCAUUGCUGGAGUAUGUUGCCGUUCCCCUGAGAUCCCUUGAAGCUAUUGCGGUUUAUAACAGCAUCUGGCUCAUUUGGCCUUGACUAGGCUACCAAUGGGUCAUGCGUUUGUCCUGGCGGUGAGUGAGAGGUGACACUCACACCGGGACAGGCUGUUGGCACUUGGGGCGAGUGUAGGGGCUGCUCGCCCUGGCAUCCCGCUCAUAAAAUCUGGGGCUCAGGUGAGCAUGAGGGUUUGGUUGUCCUCUAGAAAGCAAAGGCAGCUGCUGCUUUGCUUCCUUUCAUUUGCUCUGUUGCCUUGGCUUUUUUGCACUUUCGUUUCAUCUCCAAAGAAUCUCUCAUAAUGCCUUUGGUACUUAUGUACAAUUUUAAAACAUUUUGUAUGUAUUGAAUGGUACACACUUUCUCUUGUAAAAUAGCAAUUGGAAUUUUUUUUUUUAUUAUUAUUAUUUGAUUUUAUUUUUUGGUGAAUGUGUAAUUUCCUCUAUACAUUUCAAUCAUGACUUUGUGCAAUGUACAUUUGAUAGGGACAGAUGCCAAGGGAAUGACCUGUAGUUUUCGAAGGGAAUAGCUAAAAGCCGAAUGACACAGUCACACAUGGUUUUACAUUAGCACUGCAGAAGAGCAACGUAGCCCAGACUUUUACACUGAAGCGUUGAGCGUGAUCCAGCGUGUACCUUCACAUGAAUGACUGUGGCAGCUGCAGAUCUGUGUACGUGUGAUAUUAAAAACAACAGCGACAGUUGCAAUCGGAAGGGAAAUGGAGGAAAAUUAAAUAAUCACGAUCAUUAAUUUAAGCCUCAAAGCAUCAGAAUGGAAAAUUUGCAUUCAGUAAAAAUACCGGAGAUUUAACCUUCAUGAGAUGAAAUACACAUUUAUUUUUCUUUGCACUUC